CGAGCGGCAGAUGGCAUGGUUUUCAACUUACAUUUGCUUUGUGUGUGUGCUUUGUACUUUCGGAAGUGAUGAGAUUGGACUUACUAAAAUCAGAGGCAGAAAUUUCGGAAAAUAUGACUGAGGUAGCGAUCCCGCCUUCCCCACCCCAUAAAAGUAGCCCUAGGGGAAAUUCUCAACCUUUUAAAUGUGAAUAUUGCGGUAAGGAAUUUGGCAGAAGGCAGCAUUAUACAGUACAUAGGAGAAUACAUACAGGGGAGAGACCCUACUCAUGCAACUUCUGCUCGAUGCGCUUCAACCAAAUUGGACCAUUGAUAAAACAUAAGCAACGUCAACACGGCAUUAUGCACAAAUCCCCGAAAGAUGUCCCUCUUAGUCGCCUGAAUAUUGACGCUAAUCUUGAAGAUUCGCCUGUAUCAAGUGUCCAGAAGAAGCCCCGCCGCAAACGAAAGGGAUCACCUCAAAGCCUCAGUCUUGCCAUUAAGUACCCUCACAAGGAGCUUAUCGCUACCAUAGCAACCACCAUCCAGGAACAAUUAGCAGAAACUGGCACCACAGAGGGCAGCACUGUCUCAUCCUCCCCACCUCAGUCUGAGAUGGAAUCGGUGUAUUCUGCAGGAGUCUACAUUACAGAUGCCCCUAAGGACGAUUCCCCUCAAUCUGGGGAGGAGGCCGAUCAACAUGAUGACAUCAAUGCCAAUAGAGAUUCCAUUGAGGGUGAAAUGGCUUUAACCAUAAAAGAGGAGAAUGUUAAACAUGAAGACAAUGAAGAAGAACUGUUGAAUCAUGUUUAUGAUUUCUCCCGCUCAGGUGCUGCCUCCCCUGCCUCUUCCCACACCUCGUACGCCAGCAGUAUCGAAGGCCUCACAGACACUGGUUGUGACAUUCCCGAAGAUCUCAGCAUGAAAGGGCACCGCCAACGUAAUGACUCUGGAAGCUCUGGGUUUCAUGAAUCAAAAGACUGUCUUGAUCAAAGUGGUAUAGCUCCUUGCACUUCAGAUUCAGAAAGGGCCAUCACACCAGAAUCAGUUCAUGACAGUGAGACCACAAAUCUUACCAAAGAAAGUACACCUAAACCAAGGUUAACAGAAAAUGAAAAAAUCAAGCGACUUUUUGAGGAAAUCAAAGCUCAAAACUGUAAAUCUCAGGAGCAGAUAAUUGAAUUGCAUAAUCUUCAUCAACAACAGCUGCGUCAGCAAUGGCAGCAGCAACAACAGCAGCUUCAUGGUCUCCAACAGCAGCUUCAACAGCUGCAUCUACAACAGCAACUCCAUGAGCGACUUGGUCAACAGCAGAAUCUUCUCCAUAAACAACAGCUCAAAGCAAAGGAGAACCAAAUCGAGGCUCUCCAGCAGACUGUCGAUCAGCUCCGUAAAGCGCACGCUGAUAUUUUAACCCAACAGCAACAACACCAGAGCCAGCUGGCUGAAUUACAACACUUCUAUCAUGACCAGAUCUCACAACUCAAGUCUAACCACCAAAGACAGAUCCAGUCCCUCCAUGAUCAAAACAGAGCACUCAUGGACAAAUGUAUCUAGGUGUUCCAUAUAAGGAAAUACGUCUUGUUCAACCAUAUAAGGGAUCAAUACGGCAGCAAAAAAGUGUUAUAUUUAUACCGGUUUUUACAAAGGGUAUUUAUGUAUGUUUUUAUAUAACAUUUAUCUGAUAUAACAUAUGCAUGCAUAGGCCUGUUUUCUAUGCUAUUAGAAUUCCAUUUUCAUAUCAUGAUAGCCAUUUCCAUCAACUUGAGCCUGAAAUAUAUUUUUUACAAUUGAGUUGUAAUCGAAAAGCUAAGAAUAUGAUGUCAACUAGAUGCAAUUUUUAAAUUAUAAAACCGCUCAAUUUCUUAAUCUUUGAUAAUGAUAUUUAACUGUAAAGAAGGGAAACCGAUAGUAUGAAGGCUAGGAAAGGAGUAGCGUAGAGUUGUAGACUUUAUAUUAGGACCGAUAUGUAUAUAUUAUGGGCCAGCCUGUAGAAGAUUAGGUGUACAUGCGCCAUGUAUGCAAACUAGGAAGCAUCCUGUAGCCGUACUAUGUAAGCAAGCCUUAGUUAGUUGUAUUAAUGUUAAUAUUGUCCAUUGCAUGAAAAAAAUGUUGUCUCAUAUUACAAGCUUGUAAAUAUUUUAGCUGUAGAUCAUAAUUUAUUGUUCAUUAUUAUAUGUUAUAUGUAUGUAAGAAACCCAUUGCCAAAAACAUACUAGUAGACUGUUAGUUCAUUCAGUUCAUUCAAUUAAAUUGAAUGAUUAUAUAUACCAAGAAUCCAAACUAUUUUAUAUAAGCAAGCAGGGUCUCUAGAAAUCCAUUUCAUGAUGUGUUCAAGUUUUUUUCUAAAGUGUUCAUUUACAAUUAAGAUGUUUUAUAAACAAGUAAAUGUGUUCAGAAGUGCUCACUAACCAUCUAUACGAGUUGGUAUUCUUUUUGAAAUAAUGAGGUACAAACAUAAACCAAAUAACAAGGUUUUUGCAUUGUGUUCAGAAGCAAGUUUAUAAAAGUUCAUAAAACUUUGUACAGUAUUCACAGUGAUUGUGUUCAUAGAGAAGUUUAUGACCAUGCAGUGUUCGUAUCCAUGUUUAUGAACAUUGCAGCAAAUU